AAGAGAUGAGAUUUCUUGUCACUUUACUUACUCAUAAAAAGCGAACAUUUUCGAUCAUUCAAAAUCUUUCUGUCCUAAACUUGUUGAAAUCCAAAAACAAAAAACAAUAAACAAAUGUUUAUAAAUCUAUAACACCAAGAUAAAGUAGAACUCUUAUUAAUCAUCAAGUGUUGACCACUUCUCCAUCUGGGUUUCAUCUUCAGUUCCCUUUUUGUCAACUCAAGUCCAGCACCAAAGAGAGAGCGAUCUUUUUGUAUUUGCUAUUCACAAAAUUGAGAUUGUUGUUUCUUUCUUUAAGUCUCUUUUGUUUUUAUUACAUUUAAGGAAGUCUCUUGCUUUCGCUUUUAUAGAAUCCCCCUCUCUAAAAGCAUCUUGUUUCUUUCUGAUUUUACCAAGAAAUGAUUGAUCAUCGAAAGGGUUUUGAUUUGACAGAUCUCUAACCAUACACAAAAAAAAAGAUCACAAGUAUUAAAAAUGGGAUCUGGAACUGGGUUUUACUCAGAUCAAGUGUUUGAAUUGGAUCCUAAAUGGGUCGUUGAUCCUCAACAUCUCUUUGUUGGUCCCAAGAUUGGUGAAGGAUCUCAUGCCAAAAUCUAUGAAGGAAAGUAUAAAAACAAAACAGUUGCAAUAAAGAUUAUAAAAAGAGGAGAAUCUCCGGAAGAGAUUGCUAAAAGAGAUAGCAGAUUUGCGAGAGAAGUCUCUAUGUUGUCUAGAGUUCAACACAAGAAUUUGGUCAAGUUCAUUGGAGCUUGCAAAGAACCAAUCAUGGUUAUAGUCACUGAGCUUUUACUCGGUGGUACAUUGCGUAAAUACCUUGUAAGUUUGCGUCCAGGGCGUUUGGAAACACGUAUAGCUGUUGGUUUUGCUCUUGACAUUGCUCGGGCAAUGGAAUGUUUACACUCUCAUGGAAUCAUUCAUCGUGAUCUCAAACCAGAGAACUUGAUCUUGACAGCAGAUUACAAGACUGUUAAGCUAGCGGAUUUCGGUUUAGCUAGAGAAGAAUCACUAACCGAGAUGAUGACUGCAGAAACUGGUACUUAUCGUUGGAUGGCUCCUGAGCUUUAUAGUACGGUCACGUUGAGGCAAGGAGAGAAAAAACACUAUAACCAUAAGGUAGAUGCGUACAGCUUCGCCAUCGUCUUGUGGGAGCUUAUCCACAACAAGUUACCUUUUGAGGGCAUGUCAAAUCUCCAAGCUGCUUACGCUGCUGCAUUCAAGAACGUGAGGCCUAGUGCAGAUGAUUUACCGGAGGAUUUAGCAAUGAUAGUAACAUCUUGCUGGAAAGAAGAUCCAAACGACAGACCAAACUUCACAGAGAUUAUUAAACUACUCCUACGUUACCUCUCCACAAUCUCAGCACCUGAGCUUGUUCCUCCCUCAAUCAAACGCGUUUUCUCGUCGGAAAACACCGUGCUGCCACCUGAAUCGCCGGGAACUUGCUCAUUGAUGGCUGUCAGAGACGGAGAUCAGAUUACUACGGACGCAAACUCGCAGGAGAAAGAAGGUAGAGGAGGCUUCUUCUUCUGCUGCUAAUUUAGAUGAUGAUGGUUAUUGUUUUAUUGGUUAUAAAGGAAAAAAUGAGAGAAAGUGGUUUGAAACAAUGUAAUGAAUGAUAUAACGUAUUAAUUUGGUGAAAGAUUACAGCUUAGAUUUGUUCUAA